AUGAGAAUAUCCUCUAGAAUACGAGUUUACAAAUUCCUUAGUAAACACAACACGACCAAGCCAGACACAUCAACAAGCAGCACGACCAAGCCAGACACAUCAACAAGCAACACGACCAAGUCAGACACAUCAACAAGCAACACGACCAAGUCAGACACAUCAACAAGCAACACGACCAAGCCAGACACAUCAACAAGCAGCACGACCAAGCCAGACACAUCAACAAGCAACACGACCAAGUCAGACACAUCAACAAGCAACACGACCAAGCCAGACACAUCAACAAUCAGCACGACCAAGCCAGACACAUCAACAAGCAACACGACCAAGUCAGACACAUCAACAAGCAACACGACCAAGUCAGACACAUCAACAAGCAACACGACCAAGCCAGACACAUCAACAAGCAACACGACCAAGCCAGACACAUCAACAAGCAACACGACCAAGCCAGACACAUCAACAAGCAGCACGACCAAGCCAGACACAUCAACAAGCAACACGAGCAAGUCAGACACAUCAACAAGCAGCACGACCAAGCCAGACACAUCAACAAGCAACACGACCAAGCCAGACACAUCAACAAGCAACACGACCAAGCCAGACACAUCAACAAGCAACACGACCAAGCCAGACACAUCAACAAGCAACACGACCAAGCCAGACACAUCAACAAGCAACACACAUCAACAAGCCACUUACAAAGACACAUCAACAAGCAACACGACCAAGCCACACACAUCAACAAGCCACUUACAAAGACACAUCAACAAGCAACACGACCAAGCCACACACAUCAACAAGCCACUUACAAAGACACUUGACAACCAGUCACUUCUCAGCUUCUAG